AUAAAAAAUCUGAAUUUUUAGGUAAUUUUUUUCCUUUUUUUUACAAUUUUUUUAAUUUUUUAAAUUGGGAUGUUAGCAUUACAUGACUUGUCCAGGCAGCAGCACUAGCUGGAUUUACUAGGGUUGGUGGGCUCACGCCUUAUUUGGGCUUGCCCUUGCACGCUGGAGCCGUCACGCGGGCCUAGGCCCUCUCCUGCCCUGGCUUCCCCUUGCCGCUGGAAGUGCUCUAAUCAUGCCUCUACAACCUGCCUCCUCCAGGAACGUACAAACUCUCUCUCACAGUCUAUAAAUGGAUCUCAAAAUUCCUGAAGCAACAGUAAGUUCCACAGCAGCACCACCUAAAACCACAAAACAAAAGCUAGCUAAGAGAGAAAAGAGAUAGCUCGAUGGAAAGCCAGAAAACCAACGGUAGCGUGAGCUUCUUCAAGAUGCCGCUCCACUACCCAAGAUAUACCAAGAAGGACUACCAGGACAUGCCUGAGUGGAAGGUCAACCGGCUUCUUGCAGAGUAUGGGUUGUCUACCAAGGGUGACUUGGCUCACAAGAGAGAGUUUGCAAUGGGUGCCUUUCUCUGGCCUGAGCUGCGCCAUGAUCCAAACAUCUCUUCAUAAUCAUACCAUAAUUCUCUUAGAGAAAAAAAAGUUCAAAAAGCUAGCUUGCUACUUCUUGUA